CUUUAUAUCCCUUGCUUUGUCUCGCUCAUGUUCUCCUUCUGAAAGCUUGAGUUAUUGAGCUUUUUGAAGAGGCUUGAGACAUGGAAGCAGUCCUUCAGACGAAAGGGCUCCUUUCUCUGCCUGCAAACCCUAGAACGAGAUUCUUAAGUCCAUCACUGGGGUUGAGAUGUCGUAUCAAUGCCAAGACCAAUGGAUCCCUUGGCGGAUUUUCUCUAUCCACUAAUGGGUUCCAAAGAUAUAUUGGCUCUGUGUCGAAAAAUCAUGGGUUUGGGGAGAAAGGUAGAAGUUUGCGUGUCUUCAGAGUAGAAGCAGCUGCUGCGGCUGGAGCAGAUGGGCAGCCAUUACUGGGUGAGGCGGAAAAGCCCAAGUUCUUGGGUAUCGAGCUUGUGACUCUCAAGAAAAUUAUCCCCCUUGGUUUGAUGUUCUUUUGUAUUCUAUUCAACUAUACAAUUCUCAGAGAUACAAAAGAUGUUUUGGUUGUCACGGCUAAAGGGAGCAGUGCAGAGAUUAUACCAUUUCUGAAGACUUGGGUGAAUUUGCCUAUGGCGAUUGGGUUCAUGCUCUUAUACACCAAGCUUGCUAAUGUAUUGUCUAAGCAGGCUCUCUUCUAUACCGUUAUCCUUCCCUUCAUCGCCUUCUUUGGAGCAUUCGGAUUUGUUCUAUACCCACUUAGCAAUGUAUUCCACCCAACAGCCCUCGCGGAUAAGCUUGUGGCAGAGCUCGGCCCGAGGUUCGUUGGCCCCGUUGCAAUCCUGAGGAUUUGGAGCUUCUGUUUGUUCUAUGUCAUGGCUGAGCUAUGGGGGAGUGUGGUGAUUUCAGUUUUAUUUUGGGGUUUGGCCAACCAGAUUACUACUGUUGACGAAGCAAAAAGAUUCUACCCAUUGUUUGGUCUUGGAGCAAACGUGGCCCUUGUUUUCUCGGGGCGAACUGUGAAGUACUUUUCAAAUAUGAGAAAGAACUUGGGUCCUGGAGUUGAUGGAUGGGCCGUUUCCCUGAGAGGAAUGAUGGGUAUCGUGGUUAUGAUGGGCCUUACAAUCUGUUUUCUCUACUGGUGGGUUAAUACUUUUGUUCCUCUUCCAACACGUACCAGUAAGAAGAAGGCGAAGCCGAAAAUGGGUACAAUGGAAAGCUUGAAAUUCUUAGUUUCCUCAAGAUAUGUGAGGGACCUAGCCACCUUGGUGGUUGCUUAUGGUAUUAGCAUCAACCUCGUUGAAGUCACGUGGAAAUCAAAGCUCAAGGCUCAGUUUCCCAGUCCUAAUGAGUAUUCGUCAUUCAUGGGUGAUUUCUCGACUGCUACUGGGAUUGCAACUUUCACCAUGAUGUUGUUAAGUCAAUGGAUAUUUGACAAAUAUGGGUGGGGAGUUGCAGCCAAAAUCACACCCUCUGUGCUACUACUCACAGGAGUUGGCUUCUUCUCUCUCAUUUUAUUUGGUGAUCCACUGGCACCCAUUAUUGGGAAGCUUGGAAUGACUCCUCUACUUGCAGCCGUGUAUAUUGGUGCCAUGCAGAACAUUUUCAGUAAGAGUGCAAAGUACAGUUUAUUUGAUCCUUGCAAAGAAAUGGCUUACAUUCCUUUGGAUGAAGAAACAAAGGUUAAAGGGAAGGCAGCCAUUGAUGUUGUCUGCAACCCAUUGGGGAAGUCUGGGGGGGCUUUGAUCCAGCAGUUCAUGAUAUUGACAUUUGGGUCUCUGGCAAAUUCAACUCCCUAUCUUGGAGGAGUAUUGUUGGUCAUUGUUUUCGCAUGGUUAGCAGCUGCAAGGUCUCUGGAUGCUCAGUUCACUACAUUGCGUAGGGAGGAAGAACUAGAGGAGGAAAUGGAGAAGAGAGCAGCUGUUAAGAUACCAGUGCUGGCUGAAAAGGAUACUAAUGCAGCUGUUGGGAGUGGGAAUGGGCCUCUUGCAUCCGGAUCAGCUUUGAAUCAGAAAGCAGGUGAUGGCCCCAGCAGUUAAUCUGGAACCACCACACCGCGCAGUAUCUAAUUGAUAAUAUUAUUUGGGGACCAGAUGAUGAGAAAUAUAUGUAGUGAGUCGAUUGAUAGGAGUAGAACAUUGUUCACGUGUGGAUGAAAUAAUCAGACUUUUGUCAGUUAAGCAACUGAUUAUUUUAGAUCCUUUUUUGGUAUGUCAUAAAAUGAAUAGUUGAUUAUUCUUGGUUUUA